AUGAACUCAACUAUUGACAACCUCAAAUUAAUCACUUUGAUCGUUCUGAUGCUGGCGCUCUCUUCUUCUCAUGGAAUCAUGCUCAAAUUUAUGAAUACUGUAAAGGUAACAGUAGGCACUGGAAUAGAUGAACAAGAAAAGUCAUUUGAGCACCCAUUCUUCCAGACAUUCACAAUGUUCAUGGGAAACUCACUUUGUAUGGUGAUCUAUCUCAUUCAGAACAGGAAAUCCGCACCCAAAAGUAGGAUGGAUUCGAGUGAUAUAAAUAUUGUGGACAGGAUUCCAGAAACAGAACCUAGUGUGUUUAUCUUUGCAAUUCCGAUGCUAUGCGAUGCUGCUAGCUCUACCCUAUACUAUAUAGGAUACAUCAAUGUGCAGGCAAGCAUAGUACAGAUGCUCGGAGGGUUCUUAAUCCUGUCUGUUGAUGUCCUGUCUAUUAUAUUCCUUAAGAAAAAGCAAUAUAGGCAUCAUUGGAUUGGAAUCAUCUCAAUUUUUAUGGGAAUAGCCUUGGUUGCAACUACAGCUCUGAUGAGCAAAGGUGACAGCUCCUCUAAAAAUCCAGCUCUUGGAGUUCCUGUGCUCCUUAUCUCAUUGAUGAUAAAGGGGUGUCAACAUGUCGUUGAGGAAAAGCUGCUCGGAUCAUAUAACCUCAACCCAAUGAAAGUGAUGGGAUGUGAAGGAAUAGCUGGAGUACUUUUUUUCUCAAUUUUACUACCAAUCCUGCAGUACGUACCAUGAAACUCAGAAUUAUGAAAUAAUGGCGUCGUUGAAAAUACCCAAGUUGCCCUUACGCAAAUUUCAAUGUCUGGAGAGCUAGUCUUCUAUGUAGUCGUCAUUAUGAUGCUUGAUGGAGGAAUGAAUGGACUAGGAAUGGAAAUAAUCAAAUAUGCCUCUGCAGCAAAUAGAGUCACUUUACAACAAUUGAGAACUGUAGCAAUUUGGUUAUUCUUUUUGAUUGUGCCUCUUAUUGUUGAUAUUAGAGUGCAGGAAACAUUUAGCUUCCUCCAACUCGGUGGCUUUUUAAUUCUCCUCUUUGGAGUGAUCAUUUACAAUGAAAUAAUAAAACUGCCAUCUUUUUGAAUUGAGAAUCAGACUGACCAAAUCUGGAGUAAGAAUCUUCUAAAAGAAAAACUACUUGACUUGGAGAGCAACCAAUUCAACUCUAUACAUAACAAUGGUUGAUCACUAAAUUCAAGUGAUAACACACAGGAUUAUACUCCUCCAUAUACAAAGUUUCACGUCGAUAUUCGAAGAAAGAAUUUUUAUCAGAAUACAAAUGGAAAGAAUUUGUCAAACGUGACAUCCACAGAUGGAUAUAUCAGAUUAGAUUAA